GGCAGCGGCGCCCGCGGGAAGACGGAGGGCGCGGGGCCGCGGGGCCCGCGGAGCUGCUGAGUCGAGCCGAGCCAAGCCGAGGAGGCGGCCCGGACCUGCGGGGCGGCGGGGCCCGGCUACAGCGCCCGGGAAAGCGCGGCGGUCAGCGGAGAGGGCCGGCGGCCGAGGUCAGCGGCUCCGGGGCCUCCCGCCAUGUCCUCCACCGUCAACAACGGGGCGGCCAGCAUGCCGUCCCCACCCGACGCCGCCAACGGCUUCCCGCAGCCCGGAGCUUCGUCGGGGGCCUGGCCGCGGGCAGAGGAGGAGCCGCGCGCUGCGGAGCCGGGCCUGGUGAAGCGCGCGCACCGCGAGAUCCUGGACCACGAGCGCAAGCGGCGCGUGGAGCUCAAAUGCAUGGAGCUGCAGGAGAUGAUGGAGGAGCAGGGGUACUCGGAGGAGGAGAUCCGGCAGAAGGUGGGGACGUUCCGGCAGAUGCUGAUGGAGAAGGAAGGAGUGCUCACCAGGGAGGACCGGCCUGGGGUCCACAUUGUGGCGGAGACUCCGCGGCCAACCGAGGGCACAGAGCCGGGCCUGGAGUACGCGCCCUUCGAGGAGGACGACGGCCCAGUGGACUGCGACUGCCCGGCCGCCUGCUACCGCGGGCACCGGGGGUACAGGACCAAGCACUGGUCCAGCAGCUCAGCGUCGCCCCCUCCCAAGAAAAAGAAGAAAAAGAAAGGCGGCCACCGGAGAAGCCGCAAAAAGAGGAGAAUAGAGUCAGACUGCAGCUGUGGGAGCGCCUCACCCCUGCGCAAGAAAAAGAAGAGUGUAAAGAAGCACCGCAGAGACAGGUCUGAUUCCGGGUCCAGGAGGAAGAGGCGGCACAGAUCUCGAAGCCCCAAGAGCAAACGGAAAGAAAAGAACAAAGAGAGGAAGAGGCCUCACGCAGAGUCCCCGAACCGGAGAUCCCACCGCCACAGCAGCGGCAGUUCUCCCAGCCCCUCGCUGUCCUCGCACUUCAGUGACUCCGGAUCACCUGGCAGGCUGAGCCCCAAGCACCGAGACGAUGGGCGGAAGACGGGCAGCCAGCGGUCCAGCGGGAGCCGGUCGCCUUCCCCGUCGGGCUGCAGUGAAUGGGGGUCGCCCCAGCAGAACGGCGGCAGCAGGCAGCGGAGCGGAGCGCACCGUGGCCGCCCCGGCUCAGCGCACAGCCCGCCCGAUAAGCCCAGCUCGCCCUCGCCCAGGGCCCGCGACAAGGCUGCGGCCGCGGCGCCCACGCCGCCCGCGCGGGGGAAGGACAGCCCGAGCCCGCGAUCCGCCCCGUCGUCGCAGGGCCGCGGAGGCCGCGCGGCGGGCGGGGCGAGGCGGCGGCGGCGGCGGCGGCGGCGGCGCUCGCGGUCCUCGGCGUCCGCGCCCCGCCGCAGGGGCCGCCGGCGCGCCCGGCCCGCGCCGCCCCGGGGCUCGUCGCGCUCGCUCAGCAGGGCCCACUCCAGCAGCGACUCGGGCGGUGGAGGCGCCCCGGGCCCCGGGCCCGAGCCCGGCUCCGAGCGAGGCCACGGCGGACACGGGAAACGGGCGAAGGAGCGGCCCGCGCGCCCGCGGCCGGCCAGCACCUCGCCGUCCCCCGACCCGCACAGCAGGCGCGGCGGCCCGGAGGGGAAGAGCUCGUCGCGCAGCCCGGGUGCCCACCCCCGGUCCUGGAGCUCCAGCCGCUCGCCCUCUAAAUCCCGCUCGCGCUCGGCGGAGAAGAGGGCCCGCAGCCCCAGUCGCUCGCCGUCGCCCAAGAAAACCCUCGGCCGGGACAAAGACGGAGAGGGCCGCACGAGGCACGCAGAGGCCGAGGCCGCCCGCGCACGGCGCCGCUCGCGCAGCUACUCGCCCAUCCGCAAGCGGCGCCGCGACUCGCCCAGCUUCAUGGAGCCGCGGCGCAUCACCAGCGCCCGGAAGCGUCCCAUCCCCUACUACCGGCCCAGCCCCUCCUCUUCCUCCAGCUGCCUGAGCAGCGACUACUCAAGCAGGAGUCCCAGCCGCAGCCCCAGCCCAGGCCACAGCCACGGAAGCUACAGCAGCCACAGUCGUGGGACCCGCAGCCGCACACGCAGCCCCUCCCGGACCCCCAGUCCCAGCUACCAAAGCCGGAGCAGCUCUGAGAGUGGGGGUUUCUGAGCCCAGACAGACCCAGUUUGGGGUCCCCUGGCGCAGGGAGAGGCCAGGCCCCAGGACCUGGAGUGGGGGUGGGUUGUGCCCCCCACUGCAACAAAGAAGUCCUGGGGCCAGCACGUGGGCAAAUGGGACCAGGGAAGACCCUGAGGGCCGGCGCCCUGCCCGUAGGAGGAGCCAGAUUGUGCUGCUCAGAAAGGGUGCCCACCCCCACCUCCUGCCCACCCUUCAUGUCCAGGGAACAAAGAGCCGUUUCGAACACAGGGAUCACCCUGCCCACUUCCUGCUUCAUGCCAGCCACCAGGCUGGGGACCACUGCCAAAGAAUGGCACCGUCCACAGUCUGCUGUGUCACCUCAGCCCAUAGGCCCAGGCACAUCUUGGAAGGUGCCAGACCUCCUCUCCCUACCCCUCCUCUCUCUCUCACUGGGCGGACGAGGAGGUAUACAGCAAGCUGGAUCUAAGCUAGACAGAAGGAAGAAUGGCCUAACUCUUGGUGUGCCACCAUAGGCUGGAGAGGAGGACCCUGGCUGAGGGCUGGUGGCUGGUCCCACGGCCUCCCCAAACCUCUCCCCUGGCCCAGGAGGGCCCAGACUGGGCAGUCCCCGAAGCCCCAGCCUCAGGUGCCAUCUCUCCAGGCCAGGCUCUUCCCUGGGUCCUCGUCCCAGUCCUGGACCAAGUCACACCAGCCAGGCCUUCCGGGGUGGCUGAGGUGGGGAUGCAGACCACAUCUUCAUCUGACCCUGAGGUCAGAGAGGGUCGGGUCAGGAGGUGCAAGAUGGAGAGGCGGAAGACGGCACAGGAAUAUGUGACCACGAGCAAAACAGCACAGUCGGAUGACCAGGCUGGCCAUGGGGAGCUGGGAGGGAUGGGAGACGGGUCAGCGGCACUGGCGCCACCAAGAGGAGGGCAGCAUGUGGGCGUCUGGGAGGACAGCACAGAGUCACAGGCUUAGGGAAAUGUCUGCGGUCCCUCGGGGCCUGCCCAGGGAAAACCUCCUCCGGGCUCCCAGCGAGGGGCGGCACAGCCCUUGGAGGGCGGCCAGGCUCUAAGCCCAGGGCCCUGCCGCGGCACCAGCAGGGACGCAGGCCCCCAGUCCUCUUCUGCAGCUCCCAGCCCCCUCCUCCUGGGGCCCUCAGGGAUCUCACAACGUCUUCCUUGGCCCAAGAGGGCAGAUGCCCUGGGCUCUGGUGGGGGGAGGGGUCUGGGGUCUGGUCCGGGUUCCCCCCUCUCUAUUCCCCCUCCCUCUUUCUCCGCAGUGCGGAUAAAAAUUGGACUCUAAUAAUAAACACUCAGUGCCCGGAUGGC